AUGAAUAAUAGGUUAGUGAUAGCAGUGAUAGUGAUCGUUCGCGACGGUCAUGACGGUGGCGGGGGUGAUAGUGACGACGGUGACGGUAGUGAUGAUGAUGAUGACAUUGACGACGAUAGCAAUGACAGUGGUGGUGACGACAACAAUGACGAUGAUGAUGUUGACGACGAUGAUGAAGAGGAUGACCAUGAUGAGGAUGAUGCCAAUGGCGGUGAUGAUGAUGACGAUGACGAUGAUGAUGAUGCCGAUGGCGGUGAUGAGGAUGAUGACGGUAAUGAUGACGAUGAUCAUGUGGAAGAUGAUGAUAAUAAUAAUGGCGGUAGCGGCCUUUACACAUAUAUACCUGAUUCCCUAGAAUGGAGAGACUGA